AUGCCACGAGUUCGGCAUCCUUUUGGAGAUGCAGAAUUUGGAGCGCUUACGACUCGGGAACAACAGAGGUUCUGCUUCCACCAUGUGAGUAUAAUACUGAAAGGAAUCCUGUUAGCCUGCAUAUCAUCAUCCAUUGCGCAAGCCACGAUAGGUGGCAAAGAAUGGACUGAUCCCUUCGCGGGCUUCAUAGUGGUUGCGGUUUGUCUGCUCGACCUCAUUUAUGGCACGAGCCUACGCCUGAUAUAUAUGGCUCAUCAUGUGGGAAUCCUAUUAGCAGUUCAAGGUCUCGAAAUGCGGUACCUGGGAAACAUGUCCGAAAUUGGCAUGUUCUGGGGGGUCAUGGCCAUUGACAUAAGUGAUAGUUCUGUUCUGUUCUCGGGGAUGCCCGGUUUCACAUUGCAUCUGACGCUUAUUCUCAAACGACAUUUUGCACACGGGGAUAUGAAGAUGCGGAACAUCUACUAUUAUGCCUUCUACGUGAAUGUCGCGGUAACGGUCCUCGAAGUUGUGUCAAUAUUCUACCUUACAUACGCACAUCGGAACAAGUUGCCUGCUGCCGCUACGAUCGGUAUCGGUACUCUGCAGGUUUUGUUCACCUACACAAAAGCAAAUAAAUGCCAGCGUAUCUACACUGUGUAUGAGGAACAGUUAUCAGUGCCCAAUAAGGGCCGACUAUGA